AUGAAGGCCAAGCAAGGUUGCUGGACAUGUAAACAGCGGAAAAUCGGGUGUGACAGGGAUCUGCCCGUGUGCCACAACUGCACACGCACGGGCAGACAAUGCCUGGGCUACGGGCUUCGUCUGCUAUGGCCGGAUCGCCAUGAUGGUCGGCGCAAGAACAGCGGCUUCGUGGUCUACGAACCUCCGGAGAACCCGCACGAGUCCUCCAAGAGCUAUGGAGUUCACUUUCUCAACGUCAACCAUAACGAUGUCGCCUCAUCGCUGGAUCCGACAUCUUACAAUGCCCUCGUUGCGAAAACAGUUGCCAAACCCACCCGGGCUCUCAAUCUCUAUCCGACAAUGAUCGGCCAAGAUGCUGUGUUCAUGUCCUACUAUGAACGCGUUAUUGCUCCGAUGAUAUCGACCACUCAGGUCCAGAACGGCUUCCGGACGGAUCUUGUCCAGAUGGUACUAUCACGGGGAGACAGCGCAACAAAGGCACUAUGGAACUCGAUGAUGGCCGUUGCCGCCUUUCAUCACAGCGGCACCGCAGCAGCUCUUACAUACAAGACGAAUGCCGUUCGCUACCUAUCUGCUUCUUUGACCCCCGGACACGAGACGAGCUCGAUCGAUCUCAAUCAGACGCAGUUUGCCGCAUCCAUGAUGCUGUGCAUCUAUAGUGUAUUUGAUGAGACCGACGGCCACUGGACGACACACCUCGACGGUGCCAAAUAUAUGCUGGAAGGAUUGUAUCCGGAAUAUCGAAGGCAGCUCAAGGCAGAUUUCCUCUUCACCUGGUUCCUGUAUCACGAAGUAUUGGCGUGCUUCAGCCAGCCUCUCCGACAAGCCCACAACUGCAUUGAUGUUCUUUUCCUGUUGGGGGCUUCCAACUGCGAUGCCACAGUAAUACUUGGAGCUCUGGGGUGCUCUUUGGAGACGAUCGCAAUCAUCCACCGAAUAAACAAAUUCCGCAUAGCUAUCAUACAGAAAGAGGUCGACCCUCUAUCGCCCAAGCUGAUCCAGCAACGUUUCGAACUGGAGCAUACGCUGCACAACCUUGUCCAGAGACUUGAUCCCGAAGGCGAAGCUGGUGAGGUACCAGCAAGGCGAACGCGCAUUCUAGCCACUGCAGAGCUUUACCGCAUAGGGACGAUUCUGUAUCUGCUCCACGUUAUCCCUUUGCCCGGAGACGAGGAGGCAAAGGCAACUUAUCUGGAAGAGGUCUUUGACAUAUUGGACCGCCUGGGAGUCGCGACCAGCCCAUGGCCUAUCUUCAUGGUUGCAUGCGAAUGCCAAACGGACGAACAGCGCAUCAGGAUUCUACGUAUUUUGGAUUUGAUGAACAACGUGAGGAAUAUCGGCAACAUUCGGGUGAUGCGCAAUCUUAUAGAGACUUGUUGGAAACACUACGACCUUCAGGCUGACACAACGUACAUGCAUCGCACGAAAUGGUGGGAGUUUAUUCAUUAUGAGACGGCAGUUCCAUGGUUUAUAUGA